CGUCACUACAUACAACUCAUUUUGGACUAAUGACCCUGUCCUGCUUAAAGGAGUCGUAUUUUUCUGUGUGUCUAGUGCGCUUUAGUAGGUUGUAGGUCAACUGGUGUUCUGAGGUCAGGGUGCCAUACUCACUGCAAAUCUAGGUGUGUCCUCAUUUGGCUUGGCCGUGCAUGAGAGAACCUAAAAUCAUGACGACCAAAUCCAAGACCAGUGUAACAUGUGGCAAGAAUUCCUCCUCUCCACUCCUUUCCUCACUAUCCCGGAAGCGACUGGUCACUAAAGAUGGGCACUGCUCCCUCGAGCCUGCUAUUUUUCCUUCAGGCCCUUUGCGCAGAUCAUCAAUUCAAGCCUGGUUACUAGCUCUGCAGGACCUGUGGGGGCUAUUGGUGGGUCUGCGAUGGAGAUGGGUCCUGCUUGCCUUUUGCACAUCCUUUCUGGCGCAUUGGCUACUUUUUGCUGCCCUAUGGUAUCUACUAGCCCAUCUGAAUGGUGACCUUGCUGUACAAGACCAUGAUGCCCCCCCACAAGGGCAUAUUGUCUGUGUAAAGCAUAUCAACAGUUUUACUGCUGCUUUUUCAUUUUCCCUGGAGACUCAGCUUACCAUUGGCUAUGGUACCAUGUUUCCCAGUGGUGACUGUCCAAGUGCCAUCGCUUUACUGGCUGUGCAGAUGUUACUCGGACUCAUGUUGGAGGCAUUCAUUACAGGUGCAUUUGUAGCCAAGAUUGCACGUCCCCAGAAGAGAGCUGGAGUCAUUCACUUCAGUCCCCAAGCAUUGGUUGGUAUACAUCAGGGUCAGAUGUGUCUAACAGUAAGAGUGGCAAACCUGGUAAAGCGCCCUCUUGUGAAUGUGAAGGUGAGUGCCCUGCUAUACGAGGAGCAUGAUGAUCAACUUCUGCAUCAGACCUCUCUGGACUUCUACCUUGACGAUGUAGGACAACAUCCGUAUCCGUUUUUCAUUUUUCCACUUACUCUGUAUCAUCGCCUCGAGCGCCAAAGCCCACUUUUUCCAGCCCUCUGUGAUGGUGCAUCCAACCACUUUGAAUUGGUGGUGUUCCUGUCAGCCUUGCAAGAGGGAACUGGAGACACUUGUCAGAAGAGGACCUCUUAUGUACGACAGGAAAUCCAGUUUGACAGGUGCUUUGUGCCCGCCUUGGAGUUGGAUGAUUGUGGACGGUACAUUGUGAACAGCAAUCACUUUGGAACGAUCCACUGUAAAGAAACGUCAGAUAAAGAAAGUGUUGUGCAGAUCAAUGGGGAUGGCAGUGAACGAUUAGAGUAGGAUUUCUGUAGUAGAGCCAAUAUUCGAGUGAUCAGGAUGCAGGACCUUUUUUUGAGGGCUGUUACUAGAUUAAGAUUUUAAUCUCAAUUAAUCCCACAAGAGUUAACUUGUGAUUCAUGGCAAAUUCACAUCACACAUCACACAAUCACACAAUCAACACAAGAAGGAGCAUUAACAAUUGUGAUAUGCUUCUAGCAUGUUGUACCUAUUCAGUGCUUCUGAGGUUAUUCUAAUUCUUUAGUGUCUGUUAUUACAAAUGUUCAAUAACACCAUAAUUUAAUAAUUUAAGUUACAUUUUGAGCAGAUGCAAUUGUGUGAUUAAUUUGCCAUUAAUCGUGAGUUAUCUCAGCUUUAGUGCAAUUGAGAUUAACAUUUGAAUCAAAUGACAGCCCCACUUUUUAAAAUGUAGUUCAUGUGCAUUAAAACCUUCAUGUAAUCUUGUAACCAUUCCAUGACUAUUACCAGAAUCACUGAUUCAUUUGACAAGGUUUUUUUCUGCAUUAUUAUUGCAUUUUUUAGCAUUUAAAGUUUCUAGUUUUAAAAUGUUUUUGUGCUGAGGUGGUUCUUUAAAGCUUUUCAACUAAAUAAUCAAUUUCAGUUACAUUUUCAGCAGCAUUAGUUCAAGCAUCCAGUUCAAGAUAAAAUGUUAAAGAGAAUUCGAGCAGACAGUCACAGUCACUACCAAUGUUGAGCGUUUCAACAUAAAAUUGCUUAGAUAAAAGAAGACAUUCAAGAUCAACAUCAUCAAAAGUGGAUUGAACUUUUUAGAUUUUUGUUUCUAUGUGGUGCAAAUGAUGCCUGCAUAAAACAUUGUCAACAAAGUGUUACAAUAUGGUCAAAAGGAUUAAUGAUUCCUUCAUUCAAGUGAUCAGCAUUUAUGAUACGACCAUAUCUAACAGUCUAGACUUAAAAGUUUACGUAGCGGACUCUGAAAAUCAAAACAAUGGACUGCUAAACCUGUGUGGAUAAAGAAAAUACAAAAAUGGGGCAGAAAUUCCAAAAACUGUCUUUCACUCUGCCCCUUUUUGAUUUCUCAUGCUAAGUUGAUGAUGAAAGAGUUGUUGUAUAUUUGAUGUGGGAUUGAAAUAAAUAUGCAUUCAUCAUGUAAAUGUA